ACCACGGCUUCGGCUUUGGAUUCGGCUCAGGCUAGCUUGGUUUUUGCGUAGGCACUCAGGGAUUCAUCAGACGCGAGGAUUGAGCUUGAAGCCGAUCCCAAAGCCGAAGCCAUGGUUUGGAAACGGGCCAAUGAUUACGUAAUCGUUUUGCAGCUAGUAGCACGUGAUGUUGGCAAAAGCGGAAGUAGCAGUGUUACUGUACGCAAACAAACAACAAUACCAACUCGACCAACACACUCACACAGCUCAUGACAGUGUUAAGAAUUGAUGAAUGUUUCACAUACUGUUGGAAAUUCCCGUGAAUGCAAUAUUCGAGAAUUAGCAAUGCGUGGACCAGAGUGUGGUUCAAUUUACUACUACUAGCAGUUCAGUUCAGUUCUUUGAAAGGCCUGGCUGCUUUCCUCGCUGCAUUCCUCGUUGCAUUCCGGCUCUAAAAUGAAGAAUUUCUUUGCUGUUUUGGUUCUGCUGCUCGUCGGAGAAGGUAUGUUUACUCAACCGACCACGAGGAUCACAACUCCUCCACAGACCACAACUCUUCCACCGACCACAACUCUUCCACCGACCACAACUCUUCCACCGACCACAACUCUUCCACCGACCACAACUCCUCCACCGACCACAACUCCUCCACCGACCACAACUCCUCCACCGACCACAACUCUUCCACCAAGCUCAACUCUUCCACCGACCACCACGCCUCCUCCACAGACCACAACUCUUCCACCGACCACCACGCCUCCUCCACAGACCACAACUCUUCCACUGACCACAACUCCUCCACAGACCACAACUCUUCCACCGACCUCAACUCCUCCACAGACCACGCCUCCUCCACAGACCACGCCCACACCUAAGAUGUCUUGGAAGGUGAUGGACGGCAACAAUACCUGCCAGGUGAUGUGGUUCUCACAAAAUAUUACCAUCAGUUACUACAACACAGCAGGCAUGCCUACUGAUGUGAAAGUGUUAGUCCCGAUUGAGGAGCCACUCUUAAAUGUAUCCGGUGACUGCUCCUCAAUGGAAAAGAGAACAUUCGCCAUGAGCUUCUUCCCAGAUGGCAAUAGUAGUGCCGACCCCUGGACCCUGCGAUUUGUAUUCAAAAUUGUUGAAUCAGACACGUUUCAGUUGACUUCUCUGUCAUUUGAGCUUAAAUAUGACAACCAUUUUGAUUCGACUAAUGAAGGACAAUUUGUGUACAGCUACAUCUCGACUAAGGAUCCACUGGGAGGAAUAAAGGCACCAAUGAAAAAGUCAUUCUCCUGUCCUUCUCAGCUCAUCUCAUCAGCUGACGAGAAAUAUGGCCUAAGCAUUGCAUUUAAGGAUGUCAAACUGCAGCCUUUUGCAGACAAGACUGGGGGGAAAUUUGGAGAGAGUGUUUUAUGUCCGUACGUGCCAGAAGUUCCUACUACCAAGACACCUGAGCAGAAUCAUACUUGGAGGGCUGCCACCUUUGUAGUUUCUGCCAUCUUUGUUGUAUUUUUCCUGGGAACUGUUGGAUGCUAUUACUAUAACAAAAAGAAACGGGUCCCAGCCAGUGACCACAUUGGCCUUAUACAGGACUACUGAAGAUGAUGUGGUUUCUGCGACAGAAGAUUUUUUUACUAGUAAUGAUAUCGGGGAUAAAGGAUAUUAUUUUAGUUCAAUCCUUACACAGAUGUUAAGCCUGUAAAUUUAGUCCCUCUCUCGAGUCCCACAUGAAAACAAGUCUUGACCACUGGGAUACUGUAAGUGCCCAGUCUUGACCAUUGGGAUACUGAGGGAACCUAGUCUUGACCAUUGGAACACUGAGAGAGCCCAGUCUUGACCAAUGAAACACUGAGAGUACCCAGUCUUGAUCACUGGAUACUGAGAGUGCCCAGUCUUGACCACUGGGAUUCUGUAAGUGCCCAAUCUUGACCACUUGGAUACUGUAAGUGCCCAGUCUUGACCACUGGGAUAUUGUAAGUGCCCAGUCUUGACCAUUGGGAUACUGUAAGUGCCCAAUCUUGACCCCUGGGAUACUGAGAGUGCCUAGUCUUGACCUCCGGACAAGUUUGAAUCCUGUUGUGAACAGGUCCAAAUUGACUUUUGUUUAUCCAUAACAGAAAAACCUUGUUUUUGGUUUGUCCUUUUGUAAUUAGCUUGUAUACUCUGUGCUUUCAUUUUCUAGUCAUGUGGUUGAACAAUAUAUUAUAGGAAUUUUUAAUCCCUGACCUCUGCAUUCUGUACCAUGCUGGUAUUCUAAAGGGUAGGUUUAGUCUUGCUACAAGUUGUUCUUUCAUACAAUUUUGUUCUUAAGAAUAAGUCUUGUGACAAAGUGGAUUGUAAAAGCAGCUGAUAACGAACAACACCUUGAGCCAAGUCUAAAGCCACGUUAAGAUGUAUUGCUGAACUAUGUGAAGAAAUCUACUGCUUUCUAUUUUUUUUUUAAUCUACACAUUAGCAGAAAAUAAUUAUAUACAUUUUUAGAAACUUUUUGUUGCUAACUGAUAUAUUUAUUCAGAUAUAAGGAAUGCUGGCCAAAUAGGAAGCAACUUUUAAAAUAGAGUUGUUUUUAUAGAACUAGUAUAGUUUUUUAUAUUUUUUUAUAUAUUUUUUUAUUAUAGAACUAACGGGGAUAAAAUCCUGCCUGAAGCUUCUAAAGCUUGGUUGUGUUUAGGUCAUAUAAUACUAUGGCAAUACUAGGGGCACAGGGGGUGUGCACCAUUUGUUCUUGUGGGCACGACUGGACACUUAACAACUUAAUUUUCCUUAAAAAGGGCCAUUUCAGCUGCACUUGUGUUAUGCCAUUUGCUAUUUUUUUUAUAGGAUAAUCUGAAAUAAAAAGCAGAAAUUGUUCGGUGCACAUUGGGGCCAAAAAAAAAAAAAAAAAGGUUUUAAAAUUAAUGAAAGUAUGAUGUUAAAGCUUGUAAAAUGUAACAUUUUACUCGCCGGGGAACAUUGGGGGAAAAUUUAUUUAAUCAUAAUGAAAUUUUGACAUUACGGCUUAUAAAAAUGUAACAUUUUACUAUGGUGAACAUUGGGGGAAAAAGGUUUUAAAAUUUAGGAAAUUCUUAACUAACAAUAAAGGUUGUAAAAUGUAACAUUUUACUCUGGUAUUCUUAAUCUAAAAAGUCAAGAUUUCAAUGGGGGGUUUGGGGGGGGGGGGGUGCACAUCUAAUGGAGUUGCCUCUAGUUUACGACGCUGUCCUACAAUCUCACACAAGAAACAUUAAAUUUUUCCUAAUGCUCAAGUUCCCAAUGGUUAUUGUGCUUUUGGUUUAGGAAAAAAAAAAGUUGAUUGUCCCCUAUUUUUGAGGCCGUACCUUUUUUAUUUUUUAUUUAAAAAAAAAAAUAUUUUUUACAUUUUUUUUCCUCUCAAAGACAAGUUUUUCUUUCAAGAACUUAUUUUUUGUUUACUACAUAAAGUGGAUGGUUACUUUAAACUGGUAAACAUGCGGCCAGUUUGAAUUAAAAUGCUUGGUGGCCACCUUGAAAGAAAACAUUAAUGAGAAGGCUCUUAUCCUCCUUUUUAUGGAAAAACUCGGACGAUCAACUGCUUUUUUUUAAUACUUGGCCCAUGGUCCUUUCUUUAUGCUUGGCCUUACAUAAAUAUUAAACACUACGAUGGAGAUACAGUAACUUUUAAUAAACAAAGUGCAGUGUGGUUUACUUGUUCUAAUGAUAGCUCGUUAGGCAUGAACAAAAUGUAUAUAAUUGCUAAGUAAAUGACCUUGAAACAUUGUUUUUGAUACUUUUGGUGCAUAUUUUGAAACUUUGCAAAUAAUAUGAAUGUUCAUAUAGAA